GACAACGCGAGCUUAGGCGUUUGAGAGCAGAAAGAUUCAGGCGAAUUCGACAAGAAUUACUGUCAGCAAAUUCCAACCAAGAAAAUUUGAUGCCUUCUGGCAAUGAAGACGUUUUAGAAAACAUUGAGAAUCAAUUACCAGAUAUUAAUGAGUCAUUCAACAAUACAGCAAGUGAUAAUAGUUUGAAUUCCAAUCUAGAAGAUCAUAGUGCUUCCAAUUCAAAUGCUGAAGUGGAAUUGGAAUUAGUGCAAAAUUAUGAGCAAGAAGCAAUAAGUGAUGAAAUAUCAGCUGUGGUAGAAGAAGAGAUGAAUGAAGAAAGUCAUGAUAGAGAUGAUGUUAAUCAUGAAGAAUUUGACGAUUUGUUAUUAUUUCAUGAUGUUAGCUCAGACGAUGAACUAGAAAACGAGACUCAUGAUGCAAUAGAUGAAGAAGUAGAUGAUACUGAUCAAUCGGUUUAUGAUGUAGAAGACAUUCGCAAGUGGGCUUUAAUGAAUCCGCCUAUACCUCAUAGUCGUUUAGAAUCAUUAUUAGCUAUUUUAAGAAGAAGAUCUUAUCCUACUCUACCAAGAUGUGCAAAAACUUUCUUGUAUACUACGUCAGAAAAUUAUAAUAUUGAAGUUUUUGAUAAUAUUGGCAAGUUUGUAUACUUUGGCAUAGAGAAAACUAUAAGAAUUCAAUUAAACCCAAGUAUUCAUGAGCUAAAUAACAUAGAACUGAUUUUCAAUGUUGAUGGUUUACCUUUGUUUAAGUCCAGUAAAAAACAGCUAUGGCCAAUACUCUGUAAAAUCCAUCAUGAUCCAAACAUUUACAAACCAUUUCCUGUUGCUGUAUAUUGUGGAGAUCAGAAGCCACAAAGUGUUCAGAGAUAUUUAGAUAAAUUUAUAGAAGAACUCAAUAGUUUAAUGCAAACAGGAAUUAUUAUAGAUAAUCGCAAAUUCAUUGUAUCUGUAAAAGCAUUUAUUUGUGAUACUCCUGCUCGCUCUUUUUUAAAGUGCAUCGUAGGUCAUGGUGGAUACUGGGCGUGUGAAAGAUGCUUAAUAAAAGGUCAACAAUACAUGAAUAGAAGAAUUUAUCCAAUAUGUGGGGAAUUAAGAACAAAUGAGUCUUUCAGGAAUCAAUCUACUCCAGGUCAUCAUCAAGGUGUAUCACCUCUACUUCGUAUAUACCCGGAAAUUGAUUUAGUCAAGCAAUUUCCAUUAGAUUCCAUGCAUCUGCUUUUCCUUGGAAUAAUGAAAAAAUUGUUGGGAUGUUGGAUAGACGGUGACGUCAGAGAACUUAAACUUAGUAGCAGGUUUAAGUCACUAUUGACUGAUAUGUUAUCGAAAAUAAAAGUGCCUAAUGAAUUCCAGAGGGCUACGAGAUCUUUAACAGAAUUUCAUAAAUUCAAAGCCACCGAAUUUCAAUUUUUAUUGCUAUAUGCAGGGCCAGUCAUUUUUAAAAAAGUUUUAAAAGAUGAAGUAUUUAAACAUUUCAUGUUAUUACAUGUAGCAUGCAGAAUUCUAUUUUCUAAACAGUUAGCUAUGGUGCAAUGGCCAUCCGCAAAACAUUUUCUAACAUUAUUUGUCACUAUAGCACCAGCUAUAUAUAAACCUGAAUUUGUUAUAGGAAAUGUUCAUAAUCUUUAUCAUUUAGCCGAUGAUGUAGCAUAUUUUAAUUGUCCUCUAUAUGAAAUAUCUUCGUAUCCAUUUGAAAAUGCUCUAGGUAAAAUGAAAAAACUUAUUAGAAAUGGCAAUAAUCCUCUUUCACAGUUGUGUCGGAGAUUCAAUGAAAUUUUUUACGUUUGGAAUGAACCAACAGGUAUACCUCCGAAUGUUGUUAUAAAAAGACAACUGAAACCAGAUUCAUCAGGUCGAACUACCAUAAAACAGCUUGAAUUUAAAGGAGUGUUACUAACUACAAAAGAGCCAAAUAACACCAUAUUACUGACAAAUCAAAAAAUUUUACAAAUAAAUGAUAUAUACAUUCCUCCACGUGGUGAUAUAAGUACUAUUGAAAUGUGUGGUAAAAUCCUAAGAAAAAGAAAACCUCUUUUUACAUAUCCAUGUAAUGCUAAAUUUCUACAAAUGUUUAAUGUCUCUGCAAAUAAUGAGAAUAUUGUGACGUGUAAAAUUAUAGAUGUGGAUAAAAAAAUGGUUUGUCUAAAUUUAAGUGAUGAACAUAAAGAAAAAAUAUAUGUGAUACCACUACUUCAUAUGUAAAAGUGAAAAAUAAGAAUGUUUUAUAUGGUACAAUCUGCCGUUUGUAUUGACGGCUUUAAACUUUAAGUCUCAUAAUCUUAUACAAACAUCUAUUCUACGAAGAGUAUUGUUUAUGUUUAUAUUUUCAAGUGGAUGGUAAUCAGUAUAGAAAUCUUUUCUACGCGUCAACAGUAAGAAUCAGUUUAAUUUCUGAAUCGUGUUCAGUCGUUCGUGUAUACUCUUAACCAUAUAAUUAUUGUAGGUUAAUAAAUAGUGAUAUAAUUAAAAUAGUUGAUAUAUUCUCGAAAAAUAAUCACCAUGAGUACUGAUAAUAGUACAUCAAAUGAUGAUGUAUCAGAAGUGGUUGCAGAUUAUAAGUAUAGACUAGUUGUUUUUGUUGGUAAGAAAAAAAAAAAAGAUAUUGACAUAGUGCCAUCGUCUUGGAUUUUUUAUGAUGAAAAAACAGACACAAUCAAGUGCAAAUUUAUGCCUCCACCAUACGAUGUAAAGCGAUCGGAUACGUUAUCAAAAAUGGUACAGAAUUGUGAACAACCGAUAAAUGAUUGGCCAGUUUAUUCAGUAGACAUCCGAGGAAGAGCUCGAACGUUUGAAGAAGCUAAUGAAUUGGCUAUCCAAUUGGAAUAUAAGCCAUUUGCUUAUUCUACACAAAAUGAAGAGACAGCUAAAGUAAAGGCUGCUAAUGAUGUGCAUUUUUUUAAAAAUAGAAAAACAUUCAGAGAUGAAUCUUUGAAGAUGUUAAAUGAAAUCAACAUCGAUUUAGGUGAAAAAACACGUGUGAAUAGAGCUCAGCCAUCAUCGCAAAAGUUACCAACAGAAGAAGAUAAACAAGAUAGAUAUUAUUCUUCCACAGACUCAGACGAAGAACAUUGUUACGAUGCAUCUAGAUCAAAAAAAAAGAAAAUCAUUACCAGAAAAAAUAUCAAAAGAUCUCGCAUAUCUUCGUCCAGUACAUCUGAUUCGAAUUUAAAAAUUGAUGAAAAUAAUCCACAAACACCUAAUGUAAUGGAAAAGCUAGAUAAGAAUUGUCAACCAGUAUUAUUAUGCUCGUCAACAAACCAACAUUCAAUUGAAAAAAUCGAAGGUGACCAAUUUGAAAAGUUAUAUCGUAUGAUUGAUGCCCGCUUUAAGACUUUUUCAAAUGAAAUAUCGGAGAAAUUCACUAAACUCAAUAGUCAAUAUAAUUCAUUAUCUUUACAAAUUGGACAGUUAAGUGGAAAAAUUAUUGAGAUUCAGCAUCAAUUAACAAAGAAUAAUAUCAAUAACACAGAUAUUGAAGUCGAUAGUGAUGAUGAAAAUGCUGAAAUAAAACUUCCAUGUAAAACAAAAAUAGAUUUUGAUCAGUUCGAUGAAAAACUUGAAAAAGAUAAGAAUUUUCAAAAAAAAUUCGUUCGGAAAUUACUUCAAAAAGUCAAUAGACGCUUACCCAUAACUAGGAAUUUUGGCGAAUUAUUAAGAUAUUGUAUAUCUCGCGAUGUAGGUCUCAUGUUCGCUCCAGUUAAGACUUCAAAAAAAAAAUCACAUGUAUUCAAGGAUACAUGUCUUUUUAAAGUUAUAAAAGCGACGCUCAGAAAAGUUUUUUCGAAACCAGGCGAAGAUGUCCCAGACCAAAAUAUUCUUGAUGCUAUGGCUUCAGCUCUACAUAAUUGUAAAGACUGGGACGGUGGACGAACUGCUCGUUCCAAGAAACCUGCUGAAGCUAAUAGUGAAAUAGACAAUGAGCAUUUAGACUAGUAUUUCAGAUUAGUAUUCUUAAUUGCGUAACUUUUUUAUAUAAAGUAAAAUAUACAUUAUGUAGUUUAUCCCGUGCAUUAUAUUGUAUUCUGAAAGUUUGAUUUAAAAAAUAGUUCUUUAUUACUUAUUGUAUUUUAAGAUUGUAAUGACUAUGAAUGUAUUGUUUGUAAUUGAUAUAUCUAUAUAUAUUUUAAAAUACAUUAUUUUUAAUGUUGCCAA